AUGGAUUCAAAUAGUAACUCGAAAAGCAAAUGUGCAGGUUGUCCAAAUAUAAUCAAAAGUCGUGAAUAUUUGAAAUGCGCGUAUUGUGGUCUCUGUUACGAUUUAUUGUGCGCAAACGUGUCUGCACAACGAUUUGAACUUAUGAACAGAGACAAUAAAAAAUCGUGUAAAUGUCAUGGUUGUCGCAAUAAACAAUCAAAAUCUGAUAACACCAACACACCGGUGCGUACGCAACAUAUUAACAUAGUUUCCGAAAUAUCGAAUGCCCACGAGAAUGUUGAGGAUAAUCAUGACCACAAUAAUGUCACUAUGCGGACAGCCCAAAAAUUUAUUAUUGAUGACUUAGAUUCGGAGACUAUGUUAAACAUUAAAAAUCUUCGGAAAAUCAUUGAGGAGGAAAUAACGGAUGCUCUAAAAUUAGUAAUCCAAGUGCAAGUAUCGGAACAGUUGGAGAUAAUUAAACAGCAAAUUACCACUUUCCACGAAUCGAUGACAUUUUUUAAUGAAAAGUUCGAAGAAAUGAAAAGAAACCUUGCAGAAAAAUCAAUUAUUAUAAAAAAAUCUUGA